GAUUCAUCUGAUGUGAAAUGUAACAUCGCAACAAAGUCGGCGAUUUCCGGUCGCUCUGUGUUUACCAGACGAUCUCACAGUGUGCAUUGACUGAAAGAACACUCCAACCUCUCGCUGGGGAGCUUCAGAUGAGUCAGUCUGCAUUUCCGAGAGCUGGCCGUGUUACAGAAUUGGAAAUACCAUGGAGGCAUUCACCAAUUGUCAUAUUGGAAUUUGGGGAUUUUUGGGGAUUAUCACUUUAGCUCUGAUAACUUCUGUGGUGGUGAAUGUUAUCUACUGCACAGCCAACCGACAUAGAGCUCCCAGAUCAGUACACCGAAGUGUCAAACAAUUGCAGAGUUCUGUGACUCAGGAAGUUGAUGAUAAUCCAAUUUAUGGCAAUCUCAACCAGGAUUACACAGUUGAAGGUGAGGGCUGUUAUGAAGCCAUGACACCAACUAGUGGAUCUGGAGAUGAAACCAAGGUGGUGGUUGAAAAUCAAAUGUGCUAUGCAUCUCUAGACCUUCCAGUGGAACGGAAAAAACGACACAGAAAGAUGGAAAAACAAAAGAUGAAUAAUAACAUAGUGGAGGAUGAUAAUGUGCCGCUUAAUUCACUUGCAUUGACCUCAAGACCCAGCAUUUAUCUGAACAGUGAUCAGAUUUCUUUUAACGAAAGUAGAAGAGAAGAAACUAUACAUGAUGAUCCAAUUACUUUUUAUGGCAGAGUAAAGACACUGCAAAGCAAUCUGUCAUUAAAUGAUGCAGUUACAGCAUUUGAUAAUAUAAGAUGACCUUUAGUUGGUGCUUGUAUCAACACUAGUAAGACUAAUCAUGAAGUAAUAGGAAGUUCAGAGAAAUAUGUAAAAGGGACAAGUUUAUUGUGAAAAAAAUUCGCAUUGAAAUGUGUUGUCAUCAUUUACAUGGAAAUAUCAGGAAGAACAAACAACAUUUAGUUUCAAAUUUACAUUACAAUUCCAAAAAAAUUCCAUCUAAGAAACUUCAUUCUGGAAUUCAUAAGCAACAAAUAGCACUGAAAAAUAAACAUCCCAAUCAACAAUAGUAGGAACUGCUGAUGCUGGAGAAUCUGAGAUAACACGGUGUGAAGCUGGAUGAACACAGCAAGCCAAGCAGCAUCAGAGG